CAACUUCAAGGGAACGAGCAUGGCGACGACGAUGUCUGGGAACAACCAGGUCGAGGAGCAAGAGAACAACGGCGUGCGCACGCUGCGCAUCGCGUUCGUCGGCAACGUCGACAGCGGCAAGUCGAGCCUCAUCGGCACGCUGAUCCGCGGCGAACUCGACGAUGGCCGCGGUCUCUCGCGCCAGGCCAUCUUUCGCCACAAGCACGAAGUCGAGUCGGGGCGCACGAGCUCGAUCGCAACGGCCUACAUGGGCUUUGACGCGCGUGGCGACCAGGUGGUGGCGAAGCGGUCGGGCCGCGUCUUGCCGUGGUCCGAACUCGCCAAGUACUCGCACAAGAAGAUCCAGCUCAUCGACUUGGCGGGUCAUGAACGCUACUUGAAGACGACCGUGUACGGCCUCACGGGCAUGCAACCUGACCUCGUGGUCGUCGUCGUUGGCGCCAACAUGGGCGUCAAGAAGAUGACGCUCGAGCACCUCGGCAUCACCAUCUCGCUGGAGAUUCCGCUUGUGAUUGCGUUGACCAAGAUCGACAUUGCGCCCAAGAACGUGGCGCGCGAGACGUUGCAGACAAUCCGAAAGAGCCUGCGCCAAUACGGCAAGAUGGGCAUGCUCGUCAAGACGCUGGACGAAGCGACGAACGCAGCAAAGGGCGUGCCAUCGAACCGCCUCACACCGAUCCUGCCCAUGUCCAACGUCACGGGCGACGGCUUGGCCAACCUGCGCCAGCUUCUCUGGGACAUUGACGUCGAGGCAUUAGCCCGCUCGGCGCUCUCGUUCACGAUACCAGCAGCAGGCGACGCUCCCGAGAACGCCAAGCUCGCAGCGCUGCCCGUCGAGAUGCCAAUCGACGAUUCGUACCAAGUCCCGGGCGCAGGAUUUGUCAUUGCCGGCACGAUGAUCUCGGGCGUCGUCAAGCCCAACGACGUGCUCAAGAUGGGCCCGGACCACAACGGCCACUUUAUCAAGGUUGUCGUGCGCUCGAUCGAGUCGAUGUACGUGCCGCUCAAGGAGGUGCGCGCCGGCCAAACCACCGCGAUGGCUGUGCGCUGCGUCAACAAGAAGAUUGUGCUCAACCGCGCGACGUUCCGGAAGGGCAUGGUGCUCGUGUCGGCGAACUGGGACAUGUCCCCGUACAUUUCGCGCCGGUUUGAAGCGCAGACGAUCAUCUUGCACCACCAGACGACGAUCACGGUCGGGUACCAGCCGAUGAUCAACUGCCGCACGAUCCGGCAGACGGCGGCCAUCACAGGCAUCUCGACCGACGACGUGAGUCCACCGUCCAACCAAGAAGAGGCCGUGACGAUCCGGACAGGCGACCGCGCCCGCAUUUCGUUUUGCUUCGUGACGCACCCCGAGUUCCUCAAGGUCGGGAUGCGCUUCGUCUUCCGCGACGGCCAAGCCAAAGGCAUCGGUCAAGUCACGCGCAUCUUACCAGACGAAAAGUGCAACACGUCGGACCUCUAGACGCGAGGACAAUAUGUACGAUAGAAGCUGCUGCGCAUAAAUGUCUACGUUCCAAC